AUGGCCAAUACACAAUUGUCGCCGCAAGCCCAGGCGGCGCAGCGCUGGACAAUGGUCUCUUCCGUCACGCCAUCCGGCGCCGUGACCGAUGCAGGCACGGUCAGGUCCCCGUCCUCUGCCCCGGAUCCCGUCGAGCUUGCGACGGACCAGCGGAUGGAAGUGGAAGGCUCCGAGGUCUUUUCGCCCAAGUCCGGCGUCAGCAGCAUGGCUUUGGCGGACAUCCGAGGGCCGGAGACUACGGACGGACGAUUCGAGCUGCACGGGUCG